CGAGUGCGGACGUGCGGUCCUCGGGGCUGGCCGGGGCAGCGCGGCGUCGGAGCCGGGGCUGCGCGGUUGGCUGUGCCCCGCAGUGCCGGGAGGAUCGCGGCGCUUCCCGCCCGUCUGCGCUGCAGCAGCAGGUUGUGGUGUGCUAGGCAAUGCGUCGCAACAGUUCCAAGAAUGGAGUCGCUCUGCCUCCUGUGGCCCGAGGUCCCGAUGCUUGUCAGAUGCUCACCGGAGCUCAGCUGGGCCAGGAUCCCCCACAGAGAACAGUGCUAGGGGUACUGACUGAGAAUGAGCAGUACAGGCGAACCUGUGGCCAGGAGAUCACAACAAUCAGGUGUUUUUCUGGAUUGGAAAAUGUCUUCCCUCCAGCUGGGAAAAAAGUACUCUCUGACUGUGGCAUCCAGGAGCCAGCCAAGCAUGGAUUUGAUAUCUACAUGGAUGAGCCUGAACAGGGGGACCGAGACAGCUACCCAGGGAGAGAGGGAAUAGUCUUUGAGGAUGUGUAUGAAGUGGACACCAGCAUGCUCAAGUCAGACCUCCACUUCCUGCUGGAUUUCAAUACAGUUUCCCCGAUGCUGGUAGACUCAGCUAUCCAUUCCCGGUCUGAAGAGGCAUCGGAUUUUGGCUCAGAUGUGAUUAAUGUAACUGAAUAUGCUGAAGAAAUUCAUCAGUACCUUAGAGAAUCUGAAGUAAGACAUAGACCCAAGGCCCACUACAUGCGGAAGCAGCCGGACAUCACUGAGGACAUGCGUGCCAUCCUGGUGGACUGGCUGGUAGAGGUUGGGGAAGAAUAUAAACUUCGCACAGAGACUCUGUACCUGGCUGUCAACUUCCUGGACAGGUUUCUUUCCUGCAUGUCUGUUCUGAGAGGGAAAUUGCAGCUUGUUGGGACAGCAGCUAUUCUUCUCGCUUCGAAAUAUGAAGAGAUAUACCCACCUGAAGUAGACGAGUUUGUCUACAUAACUGAUGAUACAUAUACAAAACGACAACUGUUAAGGAUGGAACACCUGCUCCUGAAAGUUCUAGCUUUUGAUCUGACAGUUCCAACCACCAACCAGUUUCUCCUGCAGUACUUAAGGCGGCAAGGGGUGUGCAUCAGAACCGAGAACUUGGCCAAGUAUGUAGCAGAACUGAGUCUUCUUGAAGCUGACCCAUUCUUGAACUAUCUUCCUUCAUUGAUAGCUGCGGCGGCUUAUUGCCUGGCAAACUAUACUGUGAACAGGCACUUCUGGCCAGAAGCCCUUGCUGCAUUUACAGGCUAUUCAUUAACUGAAAUCGUGCCUUGCCUGAGUGAGCUGCACAAAGCAUACCUCAGUAUACCCCGUCGACCCCAGCAAGCAAUUAGGGAGAAGUAUAAGACUUCAAAGUACCUGCAUGUGUCCCUCAUGGAGUCACCUGCAGUUCUUCCUCUGCAGUAGGUGGCAGAGCU